AUGGGCAAGCCAGGUAAUUAAUAAUCUUCUUUAUGUUGCUUUUAUGUUCGAUAUUUUGUGAAAUGAAAAUUUCUAGUGUCAUAACAUGAUUUCUGUAAUCUGGGAUGUAAAUAAUUACGUAUUUUAUGCUCAUGCAGUAUAAGAUUAUUUAGUUUAUAAAUUAUAUAUAUAAAUUUAGGCGAACGUGAUCAAUCAUUUUUUGUUUCAUGUGAACACGUAAGGCAUUCAGUCAGAUAAACUAUAAUUUUGAUAUUUGUAUGAUACAUUACAUUAACAUAACCUAUACGUAUCCAAAAAAUUUAUAAAAUUAUUUUAUUAUAGGAUUUGCACCAGGUGGUGGUGGAUUUAGAGGAGGUAGAGGAGGUGGACGUGGAGGAGGAGGUGGUGGUCGUGGUGGAGGAAGAGGAGGAGGUGGUCGAAGUGGUGGUAGAGGUGGUGGUGGUGGAAGAGGUGGAGGUGUAGCAAGAGGACGUGUAGGUAAAAGAGGAAGAGAAGGAGGACGUGGUGGAGGUUUCAAAGGUGGCAAAACUGUAGUCAUAGAACCACAUCGUCACGAAGGUGUUUUUAUAGCUAGAGGAAAAGAAGAUGCAUUAGUUACUUUAAAUUCGGUGCCAGGUUCAGAAGUAUAUGGUGAAAAGAGGAUAAGUGUGGAGGGCGAGAAUGGUGAAAAGAUUGAAUAUAGAGUUUGGAAUCCUUUUAGAUCAAAAUUAGCUGCAGCCAUACUUGGAGGGAUAGAUCAAAUUCAUAUGCCUCGUGGAAGCAAAAUUUUAUAUUUGGGACUAGUAUAUGCUGUAGAAUUUUCUCAUAGAUCUGGUAGAGAUCUUCUAAAUGUUGCUAAAAAACGAAUAAAUAUUAUUCCUGUAAUUGAAGAUGCAAGACAUCCUUACAAAUAUAGGAUGCUUGUGGGAAUGGUAGAUACAAUAUUUGCUGAUGUGGCACAACCUGAUCAAGCCAGGAUAGUAGCUCUGAAUGCCCAAUAUUUUUUGAAAAAUGGAGGUCACUUUGUUAUUUCUAUUAAGGCAAAUUCCACAGCUCAACCUGAAGCAGUAUUUGCCGCGGAAGUAAAAAAAUUAAUUGCUGACAAAUUGAAACCACAAGAACAAAUCACACUAGAACCAUAUGAGAGAGAUCAUGCUGUUGUAGUUGGAGUUUAUAGACCGCCUCCUAAAAAAGCCUAA